AAAUUGACAAACUUCCCAAGCACAAUAGUGUCUACGGCUUCAUCACCAGUGUUAACAGAGACGGAUGGCUCUCAUUAACAUGCUGCAAUGGUGAAACGAGGAACUGGCUGACCACCUGUGUCCCAAAACUCAAACCAUUCCCGGAUGCUAUUCUCAAAGUGUUUCAGGGCGAAGAGAUGCCCAAAACCUAUGUGUGCAUCACAUUUAUUCCCCCCUCUGCUGUGCUACCACCAGAAAUUCUGAUGUCCCGAUUGGAAAAACAAAAUGGUGGCAUUUGCACAUCAUCGUGGAGAAUUCUCAGGACUGAGAAAGAUAAGAAUGGUGGGGAAACCGUUACGAUCUCAGUGGACGAAAAAUCCAAAAAUUGGAUAGUCGGUCAGGCAGGGAAGCUGUAUCUGAACUUCACACAAAUUCACGUACGUGUGAAGGGAGAGCCAACUGGACCCAAGAAACUGACGACAAAAAGGCCAUUUACGACAGAGAAACCCAGUGACGUCAAGCAACAGGUGCCUCCAUCCAAAAGGCCGCUUUCAGGUGAUAGACCCAGUACCUCAAAAGCACAGGCAGAUAAGCCAAGUGAGACGGUUAAGGUCACACGGGACAGCACCCGAACUGAAGUCGGACCCAGCACCUCAAAACAGCAAGGUGGCACACCGGUAUCUAGUAUAAAGGACCAGAAGCAAGGGCCAAAGAAACCAGCUUCAAGAUCCCCUCGACAGGAAGCACCCACUCAUGGGACAAAAUUGCCCAAGUGGAUGCGGAACGGUAAAGGACGAUACCAAUAAAAUGAUGAGGUGCCUGCAGGUUAAUCUUCAACACGCCAAAGCUGCUACGGCGGUGUUGACACAGCGACUUCUAUCUGAAAAGAUUGACCUAGCCUUUAUCCAGGAGCCAUAUGUAUAUGAGAACCAGAUAAAGGGAAUAAAAGCACACCAACAAGGACCAGGUAGCAGCUAUAAUUUCUGUGGACACCCCAGUAAGUAAGACAGAGCUCAUUGUCUGCUCAUCUUACCUACCUGGAGACUCCCAAGACCUGGACUUCCUAUCACUGAAAGGACUAGUAGACUACAGUGUUAAAAGCAAGAGGUAACUCAUCGUUGGAAGUGACGCUAAUGCACACCACACGAUCUGGGGCAGCACCGACAUCAAUAAAAGAGGUGAGUGUCUAUUUGAAUUUAUAACUGGU